AUGGCGAUGCCAAAUAUUUUAGUUGUCGUAGCCGUUGGCAUAAUUUUAGUCACUACAUAUGUGUUAAGGAAAUUUAUUAUUGCAGAGCCAUCAACAGAAAUGAAAAAAGCAGGUGUGUUAAAUAAAGAAUGGCAGGAAUUUCCAUUAAUAGCUAAGACAGCUAUUACGCAUAAUACGGCUAUAUACAGGUUUGGGUUACCAAAGGCUGAUGAUGUUCUUGGAUUACCAAUUGGUCAACAUAUUUCUAUUUCUGGUGUGAUUAACGACAAGGAGGUUCUGAGAUCGUAUACGCCCACUUCGUUGGAUUCGGAUGCAAUUGGUUACUUUGAAAUUUUGAUUAAAUCUUAUCCGGAAGGGAAUAUUUCGAAAAUGGUUGCUGGUUUGUCUAUAGGAGAUAAGAUCAGGGUUAGAGGCCCAAAAGGGUUUUAUAACUAUAAGCCUAACAUGUACAAAAAGAUUGGGAUGGUUGCUGGUGGGACAGGCAUUUCACCGAUGUAUCAGAUCAUGAAGGCAAUCUUUAAUAAUGAUAAUGACAAGACUCAAGUUUUCCUUCUAUAUGGUAACCAGACGAAGGAUGAUAUUCUCUUGAAGGCUGAGUUAGAUGCAAUGGUUAAGGCUAAGCCCGAACAGUUUAACAUCUUAUACCUUGUAGACAAAGUAUCUGAUGGGGAAAAAUGGGAAGGCAAAGUAGGGUAUAUAACGCCUGCUAUUAUGGUUGAACAUUUACCAAGUCCUGACAUAUCUAGUCAAUUGUUGAUCUGUGGGCCACCGCCAAUGGUCUCCUCAGUUAAGAGAAGUGCAGUGUCUUUAGGUUUACAAAAGGCCAAGCCGAUCUCUAAAAUGGGCGAUCAAGUAUUCGUCUUUUGA